UAUAGAUUAACAAACUAUCUUUGCAAUAUUAACAAAUAUCGCGUCCUUCAACAAAAAUGGAGUAAUAACGAAAGAUAAUCGACCAAUUUUUUGUCAUUAAACCAACUAUUUCCUAUUGAUAAAACGCACGUAUAUAAUAGAAAAGCAGCAGCAGAAGCAGCAGCAGCACAUAUACGAAAAUACACGAACACAGAGAAACAUACAGAAACACACACACACACACACAUACAAGUCGCAGUACAAAUUUAGAUAAUAUACUUAUACACUUAGAAGACACAUGGUAAUAUUGUAAAAAAAAAAAAAGAGAAAAAAAACGAGAAAAAAAAAAUAAGAAAAAAGAAAAAAAAAAAAUUCGUAUUCCCCACAUUUGAUUAUCCCGCCAAAAAUUUUAUAAUUAAUUAUCUUUUUAUUAGCAUACAAGUAGACGUUUCACGGAUAUAAACGAUUCAUUUCUAUGGAAUAAUUAGUGUCGCGAGGAGAAACGUAAAUAAAUGAAGUGAAAUAGAAAAAAAAGGGAGAUAAAAUAAAAGGAAUGAACGAAAGAAGAUAUGUGAUUAGCCAUCGACAUUGGAAAUAUACUUCCUAAUAAAAUAAUUCAUGAUGCGUGCUAUCUAACUAUCUAUAUAUAUAUAUAUAUAUACACAUACUAUAAUAUAUAUAUAUAUAUAGUACAUAUGUAUAUAUAUAUAUAUAUAUCUCAUGUAAUCGAGUUCAUGAGCAGUGUCCUGCUUAUAAAACGGCGAUGGGUCGGACGUUGGAAAAUGUCUCUGAUAACGAGAGCAGCACGUGAUAUAAUAAUUAAUGCGAUUUUUCGGUGAGGGAACACGAUGAUUGAGGGUGUGAAGGACAUUGAGGACACUUCGAGAAUGAUGACGCUAUAUUAGUCCAUGGAAAUUUAUUUCCACGAGAAACAAGAUCGUUUGAUUGAAAACAAAGAGAAAAAGAAAAAGAUAAUACUGGAAGAAAAGAAAAUCGAUCCUCGCGUCGCUCGACAAUUACUCGCCUGUAAAAUUUUUGCUUCUUUAGCAGAGUACAAUGCCAUUUAUUUUUAUAAUAAUACGUUUUACGUAGGAUAGACUCUUAUUUUUAUAUAGAGGUUUUACCGUGCUAUCGUAAAUUUUAUAGAGGCCUGCGUAUGAAAAAUGCGAAAUGAAAAAUGAGAAAAGAAAAGAAAAGAAAAGAAAAGAAAAAAGAAAAGUAAUGAAAUGAAUUUUUAGAAAUGUGUAGAAGAAAUUUUCCCACACGUACGUAUAUAUAAAUAAAUGAAUAGAUAAAUAAAUAAAUAAAUAAAUAAAUAAAUAAAUAAAUGAAUGAAUGAAUGAAUACAUAAAUAAGUAAAUAAAGAAAUGAAUGAAUAAUCGUACAACCCUAUCGUGUGUGUGUGUGUGUAUGAAUAAACAAAACCAUAGAAAUGGUGAUAUGACAUACACUACCGGCUUUACUUUUGAAACACCAACAAAACACCAUAGACAGACAGACAGACAGACAGAGACUCAUUAUGAUGUUUUCUAGACAAAUAAAAAGUGAAGAAAAUAUUUCUACAAUUUUUGAAGGAGGUGGAAGGUGAAUGAUAAGGAAAAAUUUGGGUAUAGAAAAAGAGGGGGGAUGGGUCGAAGCAAUGGAAGACUAUUUUCAUUUCGUUUUACUUUUUCUCGCGGAUUUACGGAUUAACUGAAGAGAAGAAUAUUAGCCCCGAUUAACGUGUAAGACAGCAAUAAGACGAUUCAGCGUGAGACCGGCAGUUAAUCGAUAAACUGCUUCGACAAUAAAAUUCGUAGUUCUCUUCAUUCUUAUUACAUUAGGAUGACGACGACGAUGAUGAUGAUGAUGACGAUGAUGUAUUUGUGUAAUUAUUGCCGAAGUGGUAAAAGGGAUUUUUGUACGUUGUGUCUUAAAAAAAAAGAAAGAAGGAAAGAAAGAAUGAAAAAAAAAAAAGAAAACAAAAGAGAGAAAAGGAGCCGAAUGAUCUGUCACAUAUUUAAACGUCGAAUUGAAUUUUAUAUAUCGAAGAAAUUUAAAUAAAUAAAUUAAAUAAAAAGAGGAAGAGAAGGAGAAGUAAGAAAAGCCGAAUGCCGGGAUAAAAUCAAGCGUAAAAUAAUAAUUGUAGAUAUUAACGAAAAAUAAAUAAAUAAAUAAAUAAAUAAAUAAAUAAAUAAAUAAAAGGAAAAGAAAUUGUUGAAAUUUCUGAAGGUAAAAUCUAAUAGAACAUCUUUGGGAUACGAACUAUAAAAAAAAAGGAAAAAAAAAAUGAAAAAAAAAAGAAAAAAAGAAAGAAAGAGAAAGAGAUAAGAAAUAAUUAUAUUUUUACAGAUCACACACUUCGCACACAGAAGAGGAAGAAGAAAAAAAAAAUAUAACAUACUCUCGCAAUAGUUACGUAAUUUCCGCGUAUAUUUCACACGCGCGAUAUAUGUAUAUAUUAUACAUAUAUGUGUGUAUAUAUAUAUAUAUAUAUAUAUAUAUAUAUAUAUAUAUAUAUAUAUAUAUAUAUAUCUGUAAAAAGAAAUCGUCUUCCUUCGUCUUUAAUUAAUUAGUUCGUUCAUUCAAUCAUAUUUCUUUCUCGAGUAGUAUCUCAUUCAUUUCGAUCGUCCUAUGUCUAAUUUUAAUUCUAAUUCUAAUAUGUUUUUAUUUCUCUAAUCUCCCACCGAUUAAAAAAUUCUUUCCACGAAUUCUUUUCGCCCUCCUUCGGCACGUAUUAAAUCGUAAUAGUACGUAAGCGUUACUUUAUUGCUAAUAUUUUUCUCGGGGUCUAAUGUAAAAGAAAAAAAAAAAAAAAAGAAAAGAAAAGAAAAAAAAACACGAGCGAAAACAAACAAACAAACAAAUAAACAAACAAAUAAAUAAAAAAAAAAAAAAAGAAAAUAUGGUGCCUAAAGCUUCGAUUAACGAAAGAGUGAAAUUGCGUGUCGACGAAUUUAACGAAAAAAAAAAAGAAAGAAAAAAAAUUAAAAAAAAAAAAAAAAACCAAACAAACAAAAAGUAAAUAAAAAAAAAGUAAUAAUAAAAAAAUACAAUACCAAAACAGAAAUGAACAAAAAAAAAAAAAUUACAAAUAACAAAUGGCGGCAGGGCAGAUAGAGAUAUUCGCCAUCCAUCGAGCUUGGCAUUUCGCGUUGCCCUGAUAAAACAACACCACGAUUUUCAAAAAAAAAAAAAAAAUAAAAAAUAAAAUAAAAUAAUAAAUAAAUAAAUAAACCACCGAAAUAACAAAAAUUAUAUACUUACAUACAUAUGAUGAUAAAUAAUUUUAAAACGAUGCGUUUUAAAAGCCCAAGCGCGUUUUACAUAUAGAGACAUGAUAUGUAUGUACGCGAAGAAUGUGUGAGUAAUUUUCGAUCAUUGUGUCGUGUAACGAUCGAUUAUAGUCGAACCAAAUCGAGUGCUUAAAUUCGUUCAAAUAAAUUCCACUUAUUUAAAUAAUAUCAAUCGUUCGACGAGAAAAAGAACGAUAUAUAUAAUUUGAAAUGUUUGCCUUCGAAUUUCUAUGGUGGAUAUCAAACUCACCGAUUCUUCUUCUUCUCUUUUAUUUUAUUUUUUUUUCUUUAAUUAACUAAAUAAACGAUGUGUAUAUAAAACAAAUUGAAGCACUCGAAUCGAUAUUGGGUCGCGGCAUGUAAAUUUCGAAUAAACUCGUACGCAUACCCCCCUCUAAUAAUGACGUAUACUCGCUCAAAUACGAGAAUACACGUUACGUAUAUAAGCGUGUAUAUAGUACAUAUACAUAUGUAUGCAUGUAUGUACGUAUGAUGUAUGUAUGAUGUUUGAGAAACAAAGAAGAGAAUUAAUAUCUUUAGUGUAUUCCAUUAAACGCGACGGGAGAACAAAAAAUUAUUGAUUAUUGAUAAAGAAAAAAAAAAAAAAAAAUUAAUUAAUACAAAAAAGAAUAUAAUAUUCGGAAAUAAUGAAGUAAACAAUAACGACAAAAAAAAAAAAAACAAGAAAAAGAAGGAACUAAUUAAUGACAAUGAACAACAACGUAGAUAAGUCACAUCGGUAUAUACGUUAUGUACCUAUAAUAAUGUAAGAUGCGAGUAACGCACUUUUGUAAUAGCGAUUUUGAGGAAAUUGAAACAAACAAAUAAAAAAGAAAAAAAAAAAAACAAGAAGAAAGGAAAAGAAAAAGAUGUGAAAAAGAAAUAAUGUCGCGACACUGAAAGUGGUAAAGAAAAAAAAAAGAAAACAAAAAAAGGAAAAAGUUGACGCUUGAUAUUACUAUUAUAGUUUUCACUGACAUAUCCUGGUUAAACACAUCCUCCUUAAGUACAUACUGCAUACAUAG